CUUGACUGAACUCCUGGACUCACAAUCAGCCAGGCCGGUGUUAAACUUUGAAGAAAGGAAUUGCCACCAUUAUGCAGAAGUUCAACCUAAAAAUAACCAUAUUGUACCUUCUGGCUUUAAUUUUCACAUUGCACCAGGCCUCUGGUGCACCAACACAAACGCAUGAAGAUACAUUAGGUAUAGAGCAGUCAGACACUGUACUGCACCGCAACGCUCGUAUGACUCCUCUCUGGAGAAUCCUGUCCAGUAAACCACAUGGUGCUUACUGUCACGACCAUAUCGAGUGCUCAACAGGACUCUGCAGGAAUGGCUUUUGCUCUUUUGAUGAACCUGUUCAUUCCUAAUGGAUCUGGAGUUAAAAGGAAUUUUGUGUUGAUCCCAUGUCAAACUACACAAACCAACAACAAGAACACAAGUAAAACAGAGGUGCACAAAAUAAGAAUACAUUUUUUAAAUUCCAUUUGCAAUUUAGAAAUAUUAUAUUACAGUAUAAUAAAUAAUAUAAAUUUUCAUUGAAACUGUCUAGAACAGCAAAAUGUAUUUGUAAAUGUAAAAGCAUUUAAUUAUAAACUCUAAAAUUGUUUCUAUGCAAAUUUGGAGCUAGUGUAAAAAAAAUCUAUAUGUAUGUCUAUGUAUAUGUGUCUAUUUCUAUAAAAUGUUGCAUGUACAAUAUGUAAAUAUUAAUGUUUUUACAGUAACAAUAUACUAACUGCAUUCCUAUAUUUAUUUCUUAAUUUUUCAAACAUAUUCACAAAACUGUAACCAUAAGUGUACAACACAGCUACACAAAAGAGGACAUGUCUUUUUGUAUAAGUGUUAUACACAAUGUUAAAUUAUAUGUACAAAAUUGUUCACUUUUUAUUUCAUUUAAACUGUCCAAGCUACACUUGACACUCAUGGUGACUAUCCAACCCCCCCAUUUUUUUUUUUGAAAACUCAAAAGUAUUGUUUUAUACCAUUUUCUGUAAAUUGAACCAGAAAUGCCUCUACCAAAUGAUUGGAUGUCUAGGUAUUUUGUAGCUCUAGAUCAAAUGAUGUGUUUUGUAACUGCCUAAAAAUUGUACUGUAAAAACUUGUACUGUUCACAGAUUUGACAAUGCAUGAUUCAAUUUACAAGUUUAUUGCAUGUGCUAAUGAUUUGCACUUGAAUAAUUACUGGGUUACCAAGAAUAUGAAUACUGUAUUAUCGUUAAGAUUUACUUUUAUAUUAUAUAUAUAUGAAACAUUUUCAAAUAAAAAUAGUGU